GCGGCGCCAGUCCUCACGACGACCCUGCCGCCCGGCGUGGCAGGGCUGCCGCACGCGGCGUCGGCUGUCGCUGGCGGCCUGGGCGGCAGCUUCCGAGCGGCGCCAGCGACGGCCGUGAUGGUGGCGCCGCCGCGCGUGGCAGGCGCGGCCGGCCGCAGCUCCACGCCGCCGGCCCCGCGCGCGGCGGCGGCCGGGCUGGACGGCACGCAGCCACCACAGGCUGGCGCCGUCAGCCCGGCAGUGCGUCUCAGCAGUAUGCAGCGCCCCCUGGCUCCGUCGCCCAAUGCCGCGCCGUCGCCGCUGGUGCGUGCGCAGGUGGCCCCGGAGGUGGAGGCGCUGUGGCGCUCGCAGCAGGAGGCGGAGGCGCUGCGGAAGUCGCUGGCGGAGCAGGAGGACGCUGCGCGGUGGAUGCGCGGGGAGCUCGAUGCCGCGCGGCAGGAGGCGGAGGCCGCGCGGGCCGAGGCGGAGGCCGCGCGGGAGGAGGCGGAGGACGCGCGCCGGGAGGCCCUCGCCGCGCGCGGCGAGGCGGUCCGGCUCUCCGACGCGCUGGAGGUGGAGCGCGCCGCCCGCGAACGGGCCGAGGCGGACUCCGCGUCCUCGGCGGCGAUCGCCACGGCGGCGAUCUCCAGGCAGAUGGCGGCCCCCCGCAUGCAGGCGCCGAGGGGCGCCUCCCCGGCCCGCGGCGCCGCCGCGCCCGAGCGGGCCAGCAGCCCCGGCGCCCGCCCGCCGCCGCUGAGGAGCGGCGGCGGCGGCGCGAGCGCCCGCAGCGGAGCCCCGCCUCCGCGCGGGCGCGCGCGAGCGCGCGGUGGCCAGCGCGCGGAGCGCGCACGGCAGCGAGGUGUCCGCGCGCCACCGAGGUGGCGCCGACGACAUCGACGAGCGGCUGAACGAGUUCCUCGAAAGGAAUCUCUGCCGCCUGUAUUUCCAGCGCCGGAACCGCGGGUGGUACACCGUGUGCCGGAUGGACGAGCAGGAGGGGCUGGCGCUCAGCGAGCGCAGCGCCGAGCUGUCCAUUGUCAAUGGCAAGCUAAUGGUGCGCAUAGAGCAGAGCACGCACGACCCGGGCUGGAACAACGGCAAGUGGGGGCCGAUCGAGCGCUUCGUCGUCAGCUUCCUGGGCUGACCGGCGCGG